GGCGGGACCAUGCGCCGGGCGCCCCGCGCCGCACCAUGGAGCGCGCGCAGCCCGACGGGCCGCUGAACGCGUCGGGGGCGCUGGCGGCCGAGGCGGCGGCGGCGGCGGCGGCGGGCGGGGCGCGCGGCUUCUCGGCCGCCUGGACCGCGGUGCUGGCCGCGCUCAUGGCGCUGCUCAUCGUGGCCACGGUGCUGGGCAACGCGCUGGUCAUGCUCGCCUUCGUGGCCGACUCGAGCCUCCGCACGCAGAACAACUUCUUCCUGCUCAACCUCGCCAUCUCCGACUUCCUCGUGGGGGCCUUCUGCAUCCCGCUCUACGUCCCCUACGUGCUGACCGGCCGCUGGCCCUUCAGCCGUGGCCUCUGCAAGCUGUGGCUGGUGGUGGACUACUUGCUCUGCACCUCGUCGGUCUUCAACAUCGUGCUCAUCAGCUAUGACCGCUUCCUGUCUGUCACGCGUGCUGUGUCCUACCGCGCCCAGCAGGGCGACACGCGGCGGGCGGUGCAGAAGAUGCUGCUGGUGUGGGUGCUGGCAUUCCUGCUCUACGGGCCGGCCAUCCUCAGCUGGGAGCACCUGUCGGGCCGCAGCUCCAUCCCCGACGGCCACUGCUACGCCGAGUUCUUCUACAACUGGUACUUCCUCAUCACGGCGUCCACGCUCGAGUUCUUCACGCCCUUCCUCAGCGUCACCUUCUUCAACCUCAGCAUCUACCUGAACAUCCAGCGACGCACCCGCGUGAGGCUGGACGGCGCCCGCGAGCCGGGCGGCCCCGAGCCGCUGCCCGAGGCCCAGCCGUCCCCUCCGCCGGCCGUGCCGGGCUGCUGGGGGUGCUGGCCGCGGGGGCGCGGGGAGGCGGUGCCCCUGAGCAAGUACGGGGUGGGGGUCGGCGAGGGCGCCCCGGGCCCCGAGGGGGCCGAGGCGGGCCUGGGCGGCGGGGGCGGCAGCGGGGCGGCCGCCUCGCCCACCUCGAGCUCGGGCAGCUCCUCGCGGGGCACCGAGCGGCCGCGCUCCCUCAAGAGGGGCUCCAAGCCCUCGGCGUCGUCGGCCUCGCUGGAGAAGCGCAUGAAGAUGGUGUCUCAGAGCAUCACGCAGCGCUUCCGGCUGUCCCGAGACAAGAAGGUGGCCAAGUCGCUGGCCGUCAUCGUGAGCAUCUUCGGGCUCUGCUGGGCGCCCUACACGCUCCUGAUGAUCAUCCGCGCCGCCUGCCACGGCCGCUGCGUGCCCGACUACUGGUACGAGGCGUCCUUCUGGCUGCUCUGGGCCAACUCGGCCGUCAACCCCGUGCUCUACCCGCUGUGCCACCACAGCUUCCGCCGCGCCUUCACCAAGCUGCUCUGCCCUCACAAGCUGAAGGUGCAGCCGCACGGCUCCCUGGAGCACUGCUGGAAGUGAGCCCGCGGCCGCCACAGGGGCCGGACCCCAG